AUGGCGCGUCUGGGCCAAUGCAGCCCGUGUAGCUGCUGGGGCCUCUUCAGCGCAGAGCCGCGAAGGCAGAGAACUGGGAUGUCUAGUUCCAGUGCUUUGAUUUUCUUGCAUGGCAGCGGGGACACCGGCGAGGGUGUCCAGGCAUGGUUGCAUGCCGUCAGUGGAGGAGCUUUCGAGGCCAGUCUUGCACGAGAAGGCAUCUCCAUGCUUUUCCCGACGGCUACGAUGAUACCUUAUAGCCUUAUCGGCGGAAUGCCACGGACAGUAUGGUUUGAUCGAGUGGCCAUGGCGUACGAAGCGCCCGAAGAUGUUGCUGGCUUAAAGAGGUCCGUGGAGCUGGUAGACAAAGAAAUUGACAAGUUAGUGGAGUCUGGCAUUCCGCUCUCCAAAAUCGGGGUUGGCGGCAUGUCCAUGGGAGGCUGCGUGGCUCUGCACGUCGCCUAUGGCAUGGGUCGCCAUGCUGGCAGGCUGGGAAUGGUCGCCAGCUUAAGCACCUUCUUGCCCAAAGAGAGUUAUUUCGAUGCGGAUGCAAGUCGCCGCUUAACCGCCUCACAGACGGCACCGCUUUUCAUGGCACACGGCCAAGACGAUGGAAUGAUCCGGAUAGAGUGGGCGCGCGCCACCCACAGUCGUUUGCUCGCAGCAGGCAUUGAUUGCAAGGAGCUGCUCGAGUUUCCUGGUGUUCAGCACGAGCUCUGUACAGAAGAGGUUGGCUUGCUCCGCAGCUUCGUGCUGCAGCACUUGGGGAAGGGGAGCUGA